UCCCUCCGCGCGGGCGCCAUGGACGACCUCCCUUACCGCGUCGAGUAUGCCAAGAGCGGCCGCGCCUCCUGCAAGACGUGCAAGGGCAACAUCGCCAAGGACACGCUGAGGCUGGCGGUGAUGGUGCAGUCGCCCAUGUUCGACGGGAAGGUGCCCAAUUGGUACCACCAGAAGUGCUUCUUCAUAAAACAGCGCCCGAAGACUGUGGCCGAUAUUGCAAACUUCGACGCCGUGCGAUGGGAAGACCAGGAGAAGAUCAAAACUGCCAUUGAAAACGCAGGUUCGGGGGGUGGUGGCCCCCCUGACACAGGAGGGAAGGGAGGCAAGAAGGGCAAAGGGAAAGCCAAAGGAGGCGCCAAUGACUUCACGGCCGAGUACGCCAAGAGCGGGAGGGCCGUCUGCCGGGGCUGCGACGAGAAGAUCCUGAAGGACCAAGUGCGAAUCAGUAAGAAAGAAUUUGACAGUGAACGCGCCAGAAUGUACGGACCUGUGGAUUUAUGGCACCAUGUCGACUGCUUUGUGAAGAAGCGCGCCGAGCUGGGCUUCUUUGAGAGCGGUGACACCAUUGCUGGCUUUGGCACCCUCUCUGCCGAUGACAAGAACAUGCUGAAAUCGAAAUUGAAAAAGAUUGAAGUGAAGAGGAAGGCAGAAGACGAGCCAGACUGUGCGCCGAAGAAGAUAAAAACGGAAGAGGAGGAGACCGUUCGAAAGCAGAGCAAGGCCAUGUUCAAAUACCGAGACAAUCUAGCCAAGCUCCUGAAGAAGAAGGAGCUGAGCUACAUCCUGGAGCACAACGACCAGUACAUGCCCACCGGGGAUAGCAAGAUGCUGGAUGUCAUUGUCGAUGGCAUGACAUUUGGUGCCCUGGAGCCGUGUGAGGUGUGCAAGGAUGGACGUCUCAGUUACGAGUCUGGUAAAGGUUACAAGUGCCACGGCAACCUCACCGAAUGGACUAAAUGCACUAAUAUUGUCAAGGAACCAAAGCGCCGUCCAUUUAAAAUUCCCGAAGAGCUGAAAAAUAGCUUUGACUUCUUGAAUCAGUAUAAAUUCAAAGGAAUUCAGAAGAGAGUGUGGAUUGAUCACGGACCGUCAACUGCUGAAUUGACCGUGAAGGCAGAAAAUGGCUCGUCCAUGUCAACCUCAGGCAAACCGCUAGAGGGCAUGAAGUUCGUCAUCGUUGGAGACAAGUUCGGAAUGGAUAAAAAGGAGAUGAAGAACAAGAUCAAGGAGCUCGGAGGAGAAGUGGCAACCAAAGUGGAGAAGAACACCGCAGCUGUCAUCACGACUGCUGACCACAUCGGGGGCACCAACAAGAAGAUCGAUGCAGCCAAGGAGCACAACAUCCAGUGCGUGAGUGACGACUUCCUGGAGGAGGUGGAGAAGGGGGGGGCACUGCUCAUGAUCCAGAAGAAGAACCUGGCACCGUGGGGUGGCGAUCCCCAGGACAGAGUCCAUGCUUCUAAGUCAUCAACAAAAUCCAAAUUCGAGUCUCGAUUCACCAAGAGCAUGCCAGACAAACAGAAGAUCAAAUUGAAGGGAGGAGCAGCUGUUGACCCAGACUCUGGCCUCGAUGACAGGGCCCACGUGUAUCAGGGAGGCAAGAAGAUAUACAACUGUGUCUUGGGCAUGGUGGACAUCGUGCGAGGGACCAACUCCUACUACAAGCUGCAGGUGCUGGAGAGCGAUAGGAAAAACAUGUGGUGGUUAUUCCGCUCGUGGGGUCGCAUUGGCACGACCAUUGGCAACAACAAGCUGGAAAACAAGGAGGACCUGCAGGACGCUCUGGCCCAGUUUGAGGGGCUCUACGAGGAGAAGACGGGCAACCGCUUCUCUGCCAAAGAAUUCAACAAGGUGCCCGGCUGUUGGUAUCCACUGGACAUCGACUACGGCCAGGAAGAAGAAAUAGUAAAGAAGCCAACCACAGGAGGCUCAAAGAGCAAGUUACCAAAGGAAGUCCAGGAGAUAGACCAUGUUAUCACAGUGUGGAUCACAAGUUUAUAUUUCUCUUUUUCAAACUUGAAGGGAGGCAAGAAGAUAUACAACUGUGUCUUGGGCAUGGUGGACAUCGUGCGAGGGACCAACUCCUACUACAAGCUGCAGGUGCUGGAGAGCGAUAGGAAAAACAUGUGGUGGUUAUUCCGCUCGUGGGGUCGCAUUGGCACGACCAUUGGCAACAACAAGCUGGAAAACAAGGAGGACCUGCAGGACGCUCUGGCCCAGUUUGAGGGGCUCUACGAGGAGAAGACGGGCAACCGCUUCUCUGCCAAAGAAUUCAACAAGGUGCCCGGCUGUUGGUAUCCACUGGACAUCGACUACGGCCAGGAAGAAGAAAUAGUAAAGAAGCCAACCACAGGAGGCUCAAAGAGCAAGUUACCAAAGGAAGUCCAGGAGUUAGUCGCGCUCAUAUUUGACGUCGAUACGAUGAAGAGUGCCCUUGUCGAGUUUGAGAUUGACGUCAAGAAGAUGCCCCUGGGAAAGCUGAGCAAGAAACAGAUUGAGAGCGCCUACAAGGUCCUUUCGGAGGCCCUCAAACUCAUCGCCGACAAGCAGGACACCAAGGACGACGCCUCUUCCUCCUCGCCCACCUCCUCCUCCUCCUCCUCCUCCUCCAAUCAGGCCAAGAUCAAGGCUCAGCUCCUCGACUGCUCCAACCGCUUCUUCACUCUCAUCCCCCACGACUUCGGCAUGAAGAAGCCCCCCAUCCUGGAUGACUUGGAGCUUAUCAAGGUCAGAGGUGCCUUUUGGAUGCGAUUCGAACACAUGGCAAGCACAAAGAGAUUUUGCACCGAAUUACAGAACGAAAUAAAUUCUCUCUCUAUAACUACAGGGCAAGAUCAUGACGCAGGAUAUAUUCCUAAGGAUAUAAGGGCACUAUAG